GGAAAUUCCGAGGUUGCGUUUUUUUAUACACCCUGUAGAUAGGAUCAGCGUUCUGCUGUCCACUAUAUUUUGUAUCAGUUCAACACCAGACAUCGCCAUCACCAGACACCGUUAUGAUGUCGAGUUUGACAGAAAAACAAUGUGCGUAUCACUUGCAGAAAAUGCGAACUCGAUUCAACAGGUUAGAUUUGAAUCACGAUGGUUUCAUAUCUCGCGAAGACUACGAGCUCAUGGCCACAAAAGUGCAAGAGUAUGGUAAAUUGAACGCAGAGAACGCCGAAUCGACACGCAAUGCGUUCAUGACUGUUGCUGAUGCACUCGGUCUGAAACCCGGAGUAAAGAUCCCUGUAGAAGAAGCAGCUAGAAAGGCAAACCGAGAAUUCUCAGCAAUGGCAACAGAAAAACAACUGGUUUUCCUAAAAGCAACUCAUAACCCACUCUUUGAUGCCCUGGACCUCAAUAAAGACGGUCACAUUUCAUCGGAUGAGUUCAAGGUGUAUUUUCAAAUAAUUGCUCCUGAUAUUUCUGAAGAUGAGGUGACGCAUUCCUUCAACGUGAUCGAUUCGAAUAAAGAUGGUGAAAUUAGUCGUGAGGAAUUCAUCGCAGCUGCUUUCGAUUUUCUUCAUUGUUUUGAAGAAACAGAAAUAUCAAAAGUAUUCUUUGGACGUUUGUUAUCAUAAACUGCACGAGAAGUGAACUGAAUAGACUUGUAACUAUCAAAAAUUAUUGAACUAUUUGAUAUGAUUAAAAAGUAGAAGUGUAUGUUAUUUCUUAGUUGGACUUAAUUGAAUGAUCAUAGAGUAGCUGGCAGUCUUUCAAGAGCCCAACAAGUGUCAAUUAACAUGCUCGUUUGCAAUAACAGUAAUUUGAAGUGAAAAACCGUUUGAAGUGAAACCAUGCAUGCAUGCAUGCAUGCGUGCACCCUUAAGCUCUACAGGUUUUGAACGUUGUCCAAUAGAAGACAAGUUCUGAGAGGUUGUUUAAAGAGAAUAUUGAUGAGACCUGAAGUUUUGACACUCAAGAUACAGUCUGAAAUCUAACCCCUUCUAACGAGUAUCAAAAUACGAAAUAUCCGUCUUAUUUCUAAAGUCUGUUUUGCAGUACAUGUCAUGUCAACGUAAAUACAUAAUAUUAUAUAUUUUAAUGCUGCAUACGUGUUGUAUAUAUUUAGGUUAAUUGGAUUGUCAACCUAUUACAUGCUGCAUGCAUGAGUUAUUAUACUAAUUUGAUUCCCCUAUUUACAUAAACAAGUAUAAGAUUUACAUAAACAAGUAUAUAGAGCGUUAACUCGCUGGGCGUAUACAAAUAUGCGGACUACAAAAUAAAGCUAAAACAAAAUGAUUUUGAGAGGAACGCCAAAAAUAUUUUAGGUUUUGAACACUUUUAAAUCUUUAAUCUGAUACUCCUAAAUCAGCUUGCACUAUACUAGGAG